AUGCAUCAACUAUUCAGUAACACAACCGAUGUUAGUCUCCCGGCGGACGAUGGAAGCACUAUACCUGUUCAGCUAUGCCACGUCCAGUCUAAUCCCAGUGGCAGUCCAAACAAUGCAAGUAGUUCCGGUGAACCGUGUUCAAUUGUUUGUCAAAAUGGUGGUGGAUGCACAGGUCCCACAACUUGUGCAUGCACCACGGGAUGGAGUGGUGACACGUGUACAAUCGCUACAUGUACAAAUAAUUGUCAAAAUGGUGGUACAUGUACAGCUCCUGAUACAUGCACAUGCGCUGACGGAUGGAGUGGCGUUACGUGCACAAUUGGAUCGACAAUGCCACCAACAACUUCCACAACAACAACAACCACAACAACAACUACAACAGCAGCAACAACUACAACAACAACUACAACGACACCAUCUACAACGACACCAUCAACCACAACACCAACUACCACAACAACAUCAACAACUACCACAACUACAACCACGACAACAUCAACAAUAACAACUUCAACAACAACAACAACAACAACAACAACUACUACUACUACAACAACAACUACCACAACAACAACAACAACAACAACUACUACUACAACAACUACUACUACUACAACAACAACAACAACAACAACAACAACGACAACAACAACAACAACAACAUCAACAUCAACAACUACCACGACAACAACAACAACAUCAACAACUAAAUCGUUUAUAUAUAAUUCUACAUGUGCUCUAGAUUAUUGUUGCAACUUUACUCCUACUCCUACCCCUUGUGUUUACAAUAAUGUUGCCUGCCAAUGCAAUUUUAAUAAUAGUGUUACCACUUCAACUGGUAGUUUUUAUUGUCCUAAUUGCGCUGGUACUGGCCCUUCUAAUUAUAUGGGUAGUGGUACUUGUUAUUAUUCUGGUUGGUAUUAUGCUGAUUGUUAA